UUCCGGGUAGACUUUCAAACCGAGGUCAGAUUGGAUCAGCCGGUGUGAAGUGGGAGGUGCGCUUCAUUGUGAUUGGUGAGGAGGAUUCUAAUCAAAAGUGGGAUUGGUCGUUAGCUCGACAGUAGGCGGAGUCUUUGAGAUUCGCCCUGCCGUGGAAGUUGAACAGUGUCGAUCUCGUGCUGAGUCCGUCCACCGACUCCAGAAGGUUUAACGUGCACGUGGAAAUGUUUUAGUUCAGGUUCAAAGCAGAUCUGAAAGGACAUGAAGAACCGAGGAGGUGUCUGGAUGGACGGCCGGCUUAAACAACGAGUGGAACAGUAUCUGACCUCCAGCAGCAGUGACUACGUUGACCUAUCGGCAGUGGCCCUGGAUCUUCAGAAAAAAUACAGGCUGGACUAUGGCAGAAGGAACAAGACUGCUUUCAGAAUCCAAGUUGAAAAAGUGUACGAAGCUAUCAAGGAGGAAUCUGGCCUGAAUGACCUGGAGAGCAAACACUUAGCUAAGAGGGCAAAGAGUGGCCAUGAUGGAGGAGACGUCAGCAGCACGUCAGAGGACUCAUCUGACAGCGAUGACCAUAUUCUUCACAACACCCCCAACAGCUCUGUAACGGCCCUGUACCGGAGGGGGAACACAGUUAUCAGUCCUGCUCGCAGACCCGACCCCCCUCCAGAGUCAGGGACUCUGGUUUCCUCUGGAGGCUGGUUCAUUGAUAAAGGAAAAGGGCCCUCGAAGAGCAGCAUCCUCAUUGACCUGUGUGAAGAGGACACCUCUAAUACAACAACAACAAAGCAGAUGGAUGUGUCAAUGCUGGAGCCUGAGAAGUCUCAUAAAAAGACAAGAAAAAGGACGAAGGGUUCAGCUGAAGCUGCUGAUGUUCGCAGCCUGAACAAGAGAGUGAAGGGGAAGUCCCCGGAGCUGCAGUAUCCCAUGGUGAAGUUUGAAGACGUGGGAGGAAACGAGGAGACGUUAACGGAGGUGUGCAAGCUUCUGAUCCACAUGCGGCACCCCGAGGUGUACCAGCAUCUGGGAAUGGUUCCUCCGAGGGGCUUCCUCCUCCACGGACCUCCUGGCUGUGGAAAGACCCUGCUGGCCCAGGCGGUGGCGGGGGAACUGGAGCUACCCAUGCUGAAGGUGUCGGCCCCGGAGCUGGUGUCCGGCGUGUCGGGAGAGUCUGAACAGAAGCUCCGGGAGCUGUUUGAUCUGGCUGUGAGCUCCACCCCUUGUAUCCUGUUCAUAGAUGAGAUUGACGCCAUCACCCCGAAACGAGAGGUGGCCUCUAAAGACAUGGAGAGGAGGAUCGUAGCUCAACUGUUAACCUGCAUGGACGACCUCAACAGUCUGGCAGUGACGGCUCAGGUUCUGGUCAUUGGGGCCACCAACAGGCCAGACUCCCUGGACCCUGCCCUCCGUCGAGCUGGACGCUUCGACAGGGAGAUCUGUCUGGGGAUCCCAGAUGAGCCCGCCCGUCUCCGGAUCUUGAAGACAUUGUGUCGGAAGCUGACGCUGCCGGAGGACUUUGACUACCAGCAGUUGGCCCGGCUCACCCCCGGCUACGUCGGAGCCGACCUCAUGGCUCUGUGCCGCGAAGCUGCCAUGUGUGCUGUAAACAGGGUUCUGAUGAAGAUUCGGGCAGCUCCACCGAUCCAGCCGCAGAGCUCUGCUGAAGAGGAGUCAGGAGGCAGAGGCCCGGCUGAGGCCGGUCAGAACCAGCUGCAGCAGGGGGAGCUGUGGCACCUGUUGAGUCUCCUGAAGAACACAGAGACGUUGUCAGAGGAAGAGCUGGCAGGCCUGUCCAUCCUAAUGUCAGACUUCCAGGGAGCUCUGGGCAGCGUCCAGCCAUCGGCGAAGAGGGAGGGCUUCGCCACUGUGCCAGAUGUGACCUGGGAGAAUGUCGGAGCUCUGCAGGACAUCAGAGAGGAGCUCACCAUGGCCAUACUGGCUCCAGUCCGGUCUCCUGAGCAGUUCAGAGCUCUGGGUCUCAGUGCUCCAUCUGGAGUUCUGCUGGCUGGACCUCCAGGAUGUGGAAAAACCCUGCUGGCCAAGGCGGUGGCCAACGAGUCGGGCCUCAACUUCAUCUCUGUGAAGGGUCCAGAGCUGCUCAACAUGUACGUGGGAGAAAGCGAGCGGGCCGUGCGACAGGUCUUCCAGAGAGGACGCAACUCGGCUCCUUGUGUGAUCUUCUUUGAUGAGAUUGAUGCUCUGUGUCCACGCCGUUCAGGCCACGAGUCAGGAGCCAGCGUUCGGGUCGUCAACCAGCUGCUAACAGAGAUGGACGGCUUAGAGACGCGACGACAGGUCUUCAUCAUGGCUGCAACCAACAGACCAGACAUCAUCGACCCGGCCAUACUGAGACCAGGCCGUCUGGAUAAAACCUUGUAUGUGGGCCUGCCAGGUCCAGAAGACCGCCAUGCCAUCCUGCUCACCAUCACUCAGGGGGGAAGCAAACCUCAGCUGGAACAGGACGUCAGUCUCCAGCAGAUCGCCUUCGAUGAACGCUGUAGUUCCUUCUCUGGAGCCGACCUGACGGCGUUGGUGAGGGAAGCAUCUGUUAAUGCUCUGAAAGCCCACCUGAAGUCCCACCGUGAGGGUCACCAACAUCCAUCUGGGUCCAUUGCUGACAUCAGGGUGAGCAAACACAACUUUGAGGACGCCUUCAGGACCAUUCGUCCAUCAGUCUCUAAAAAGGACCAGAUGAUGUACGAGGAGCUCAGACUGUCCCUCAGCAGAUGAUGGAAGACCGUUUCAUUUUAGUUCAGUCACAUGGUUAUGGUUUCUAAUAAAAAGUGUAUGACA